GUCAGAGACUGUCGCAAUGUCCGCCAACGACAUCGUACCCGAUGUUGGCAAUUCAGCGGGAAAAGAUGAGAAACAAGACAACCAGGAGGGGAACUCUGGAGAUGUCCACACAUGUGGGAAAUGUCAAGAGACGUUCAACUCACUGUAUUCAUUCAUACAACACAAGAUGGAAGAAGACCAAGAGUCAAAGCUUGUAUAUGAUCGAGUUAAGAGAAAAAACACCAAGAUCCUUGUGCCAAGACUUGUGAAAGCCGAACCCCUGACACCAUCAGGAAAGAGAAGAGGUAGACCACCCAGGAGUGGCAUAUCAAAAACUGGAGCAACACCAUUGGCAACAGAAAAUAUAAUCACAGAGAAGAUGUCUUAUGGCUGCAAACAUUGCUCACGUUGUUUCACACGUAAUGCAGCUCUUCAAAGGCACAUUGAGUACGAUCAUAAUUCACAAGUAUUCUCCGAUGAUGAUCAGGACACAGAAUCUGUCAAAGUAGAAGAUAACGAUGACAGAAAUGCUGAUGAUCCCACAUAUGAAGCUCCUACUGAUCCUCAAGAAAUACCUCAAAAUAUGCAUCUCGUAAAUAUUCCCCACCUCACUGAACAAGUCUUUACUCAAGAAAUCUCACACACUCAGCCUGUUGUAACAUACUAUACUCAAACUGUGCCUACUCAACAAGAACCUGGUGAUGGUAGCCAAUCAAUUAACACUACUCAAUCAACUGAAAUCAUUGUUGGAAUGUCGCAUGAAACAGUUCAGCCCGAAGAUCCAGAAAUACUUACUGGAAAUAGAAGAGUUAAUAUUGUGAUGUCUUCUGUUCCUGGGAAUGAAAGGGUUAAUGCAGAUGGGGAACUAGACAGACCAUAUAAAUGCCUAAUGUGUCCAAAGGCAUUCAAAGAGGCACUGAUAUUGAAGACCCAUUUACUGACCCACAGUGAUCAGCGAGAGUUUAAGUGUGACUUUGGAGACUGUAACUAUGCAUUCAAGACCAAGGGAUCUCUCAAGAGGCACAUGCGCAGACACACUGGAGACAGACCAUUUAAGUGUAAGUUAUGUCAAAGGGCAUUUGGAGAAUCAGGGGCAUUAAGAAGACAUCUAAAGUCAAGAAAGCCAUGUACUCAAAAGAGUGACGCGGAGCUUCCGCGAUAUGGAAAGAAAUUAGAACUUAGCUCCAAUCCUGCUUGCUCAACACAAAGAUCCGACAAGGAAACAACCACGCCUCCCAGUCCUAUGCAUGUGACAGUCCUGGUGCAUCCAAACACAAUGCCCGAUUCAACUAUUCAAAACCCUAUUGAUGGGACCCAAACCCCUGAGAAUGGAAUACAAAGCCCCAACAGUGAAGUACAAAGCCCUAUUGGUGGAGUUGACAACCCUAUGGGUGGAGUUGAGGUUCAACCACAACAAGGACAAGUAUUGCAAGAAAACCAGAUCGUCAUUAGUGAUAAAACUGCUGAGGAGACUGAUACAUCUACAGUAGACCUCAGUCAGAUAACUCAGCAGCUUGAGGAACAACUAGAAAACCAGUCCAACGUGAUUGUCUCCAACCAAUGCAAGGUAUGCAAGAUUGCAUUAGGAAACCGUGAAGAGUUGAAACAGCAUUUAACCACCCAUCUGGCAAAUAUGAAUUUUCGCUGUGGAUUGUGUGUGUUUGCCUCAAGUGAAAAACAAGCCUUGAUGGAGCAUAUAGAACUUGUACAUAAUAAAGUUAGACACCGGAGUUUGCUGCACGAUAAAUCAGCCAAGGUCAAGGUUGUUUCCUCGGAGAGUACAACAGAAGCCAAAACUCAGAUAAUAUCAAUAGACUAUGCCAGGAGUAAUGACAGUACAACUUCACCUCACGAAGAUCCAAUAAGUUCAAAAGAUGAUAACAAUAAAAACAAAACUGCUCAGGAUGAAGAUGAUUCAAUUGAAGCAUCGUCAAAAUCAAAUUCCCAAAUUGAUGAGGUGAAACCAGACAAAAAGGACGAGGAACUAAAUAAAACCAGUCCUAUGCACACGGAUGAGGCAGAUGAUCCUAAACAGAACAAUAAUGAGGAUGCUGACAUCCCUAAGGAAGGUGAAGACCAUAAGGAUAAAGAAGUUGAGGUUCCUAUGGAUGCUGAUGCUAACGAGAAUGGAGCUAUGUUAGAGAUUGGACAAGAGGAGGUUGUCGCAGAGGACAUUACGGCACAACAGACUCCCCAUCCACCUGUAGACUCAGAAGAGCAAGCAAAAAAUGCAGCUAUUGCCGUCCAACAGCUCCUUGAUCUGAGAGACCAACAUACAUAUAGUAACCAGUCGCAGGGGGUGCCUCUGCCACAAGCUGAACAAUCCCCCCAUGUGAUAAAGGGCAGCUCCAAGGGCAUAUCCAAAUGCCCGAUAUGUGCCAGGGCAUUCAGAGGUCAGAGCUAUAUGAAACUUCAUAUGCGGAGUCAUACAGGAGUCAGGCCACAUAAGUGUCCUCAUUGCUUGAAAUCAUUCACAACCAGGGAUACCCUCAACAAACACAUGGUCGUACAUUCUGAUGAGCGUAACUUUAAGUGCGGAGAAUGUGGCAAGACAUUCAAGCGUAUCUCCCAUGUGAGGUCACAUCUUGCCAUCCACAAUGAUCAUAGGCCAUAUAUGUGUAUUAUAUGCGAGAAAAGAUUCAAAACUAAUAAUGCAUGUAAGGUUCACAUCCGGACACACAGUGAUGAGUUACAUUAUACAUGCACCUAUUGCCACAAACAGUUCAGAGAAAAGGGUUCUCUUCAAAGACAUGAACGUACUCAUACUGGGGAGAGGCCUUACGAAUGUAGGAACUGUGGGCGAUCGUUUGCUGAGCAUGGGACCUUAAGAAGACACCUUAAGGCUAAAGUGCCAUGCAGGAUGCAGGGGAAAGUGAUGUUCCGUGUACCAGUACUAAACCAAGCAACAUCUGAGGAGGGAGGCAGUACAGUGGUGGAACAGCCUGUACUCGUACAAGAAGGGCGGGAGGACCAGCCAAGCCUGUUGGCAGAAUUUUCCUCUGUUGUAGCAGAUAUUCCACAUUUUGUAGUCGAUGAUGUUCCUCAAGCGGAGAGUUCCGAUGUCGUGAUAUCUUCACAAGAUAGUGAAGGACCGAAUACUGAUAGCUCACUAGAGGCCACCACAGAGCCCGCAGGCACGUCAUACAUCGUUGUUAACCAGACUGGUGACCAAAUUACCCUCCUUGACCAAGCUACGGGACAGACUCUUACGAUGAAUGCUUCAACCAUACAGAUUCCUCUAGAGGAUACAGUUGCUAUAGAAACCCCAGAAUCGCAGCAAGAGAGUACAAUUGGUGAAGAGGUCAUCUCUAUUGAUGAGACUAAAAUGGAGAACAAUGGAGUAGAGUAUAGCUUUGUUGAGGUGGAAGAGGAGAAUGCUCCCAUUGAGAUGCAGCAUCAGGAUAAUCCUCCUAUAAGUGAUGCCCAGGUUGUUAUGGUAACACAGGCAGAGAACCCUCCUGACAACAACACUCAUGUUGUCAUGGUAACACAGGCUGACACUCUUAAUCAAUCAGGAGAGCCAGAAUUAGGUCAAAACAAUCAGGUAGUUGUAGUAUCAAAAGAUGUAAUGGAAUCAAUAUCGCAAGUUGCUAUGGAACCAGAGUCAGUAGAGGUUGCCAUGGAAAUGGAAACAUUUGAAGAAACAGUUGUGAUCGAAGAUGUGCCCAAAUAAUUGAAUCGAAAAAUAUUGGUAAUACAUGUAUUUAGAAAUUUUGUUAUUUGAAAUUAGUGAUAUAUAUAUAACAGUGAUAUAUAUAUAGUUUGAUAUACAGUUUUUAAUUGCUUGAAUUAUACAUUAUUUGUGAAUAGUUGCAUAAAAUAUCAAAUAAACCUUUCUUGAAAAUAAG